GCGGUGGGGUGUCGAGGUGGCGGCGGGGCACCCUUCUCAGUAUGCAGCGAUUACUCUUUCCGCCCUUGAAGGCCUCGUUGGGGAGCCCGUGUCUCCGGCUCCUGGUUCCUAGGGCGGCGCCCAGAGCACAGUGUGGUUGCAGCUGUGGGACCAGGCGCCCCUUGAGGCCAGGUCAAUACAGCACCGUCUCUGAAGUAGCCUUGCAAUCUGGAAGGGGUACGGUAUCCCUUCCCUCAAAGGCUGCUGAGCGGGUGGUGGGCCGAUGGCUCCUGGUCUGCAGUGGAACAGUGGCUGGAGCAGUUAUUCUUGGUGGAGUAACUAGGUUGACAGAGUCUGGCCUCUCAAUGGUAGAUUGGCAUUUAAUAAAGGAGAUGAAGCCACCUACAAGCCAAGAGGAAUGGGAAGCAGAAUUCCAAAAAUACCAGCAAUUUCCAGAAUUUAAAAUCUUGAAUCAUGAUAUGACGUUGGCAGAAUUCAAGUUCAUCUGGUACAUGGAGUACUCACAUCGAAUGUGGGGUCGUCUUGUUGGCCUCGCAUACAUCCUGCCUGCUGCCUACUUUUGGAGAAAGGGCUGGCUCAGCCGCAGCAUGAAAGGACGUGUUCUUGCCCUUUGUGGUUUAGUCUGCUUCCAGGGUCUCUUGGGAUGGUAUAUGGUGAAAAGUGGAUUAGAAGAGAAACCAGACUCCCAUGACAUCCCUCGGGUCAGUCAGUACCGCCUCGCUGCCCACCUGGGAUCAGCCCUUGUUCUUUAUUGUGCCAGCCUGUGGACCUCGCUCUCACUGCUGCUCCCUCAGCACAAGUUGCCUGAAACUCGUCAACUCCUGUGGUUGAGACGGUUUGCUCAUGGAACAGCAGGCCUGGUGUUCCUUACAGCUCUAUCAGGGGCUUUUGUGGCAGGACUGGAUGCUGGGCUUGUUUACAACUCCUUUCCCAAGAUGGGAGAAUCUUGGAUCCCACAGGAUCUCCUUACCUUCUCCCCCAUCCUGAGGAAUGUUUUUGAGAAUCCCACCAUGGUGCAGUUUGAUCACCGGAUUCUGGGAAUCACUUCAGUUACUGCCGUUACAGCGCUCUACUUCCUCUCCCGGAGAAUUCCCCUUCCUCCAAGGACCAAGGUGGCAGCAGCGACUCUGUUAGCUUUGGCAUACACACAGGUGGGCCUGGGCAUUAGCACUCUGCUGAUGUACGUCCCGACUGUUUUGGCUGCCGCUCACCAGUCGGGCUCCCUGGCUCUGCUCAGUGUUGCCCUUUGGCUCAUGAACGAACUCCGAAGAGUUCCAAAAUAAUUCUCAGAGGAUCAGCUUUCUAGGACUGAAACUGUGCUUUUGAGAGCUCAUCCGAGAGUAUAAGAACUGGGCUUUUCUAAGAGGAUGACCUUGGCAUACCAAGCGGUUUCCAAAUUGGUCAAGUUAUUUAAAAUUCUUUGCCUGUUUCUGAGACAGUCACUGGAUCAAGAAUGUCAAUAUGGUUACACUAAAGGUUCCUUUUCAGGUUGGAAAUCAGGUUUAAUGUAGAAAAAGAAACGUCUGCCAUUGCUGCUCCUUAAUAGGCUCUGCCUCGGGUUUCUUAAUGUUGGCAAGCUCUUGGUUCUACAUACAUGAUUUCUGUCUCCUUGACCUCCUGAGUUCUGAAUUCUGCCCAAGUAGAAAUUCUUUAUGAUCUCAACUUCACUUCCAUCAGGUGAAGAUUCAAAGGGAAUGAUUGGAAAUACCUUAAAGUAGCCAGAUAGCCUUCAGCAAGAAAUAGCUAUGUCUUCUAGAAUCCUGAUUUUUAAAAAUGGGGAAAGGGUAGAUUUUGACAAACUUAAUGUCUGUAUGCAGCAAAACAGUUUGUACGGACAUAGAAAAGGAGGUAAUCACUCGUAACCCACUUGGAUUCAUCAAGCACUAACCUAGUUCCUCUUUUGAUAGUGCUGUUACAUCACUAGGUCAGGUGAUGCAAUAGAUCAUAUAAAUGAGUUCCUGAAAGGGUUUCCUAACAGCCUCAUGGAUAAGAAUAUGGCCUUGAGGGUGUAGUACAUGGAAUCUAUUCAUAUAUUUAAACAAAUUGUUGAUGAAUGAAUUGGUGUGAUUUUAGUCUUGAUAUUUCAUAGGGCUUUGUCUUAUUCAACUUGAUUUUUUAAAUCAGUAAUUUGGAUGAAGUCAUCAGAAAGAUCAGAUUUGAGGAUGGAGCAACCCAAUAUUGCUAAUAUAAGAGAUGACAGUCACAACUCAAAACAGUUCCAGAGUGACACCAUCAAGAUGAAAUUAAACAGAUUAUAAAUGUAACAUCCUCAUUUGAAGUAAAUGGAUUGUGUAAGUUUGGGGUGGAGAAACCUGGCUUCAUAUCAUUUCGUAUAAAAAAGACUUAGGGAUUUCAGUUGGCCACAAGCUCAACAUGAGCCAACAAUGUGAUAACACUGAUAAAAAUUAGUGGUGUUUCAGAUUUUAUCAAUAGAAUUGUCACAGCCAUAGUCAGAAUACCUCAGUACAAGUGCUGCAUUUCACUCUGGGUACCAAAUUUAAGGAGAACAUUGACCACAGAGUAUGUAUCCAGAGGAAGGGACCAGGAUGGUGAGGAGUCCGGAACCCAUGUCACACGGAAUACUUGAAGGAGCUAGGGUAUUUAGCUGAAGGAGAAGAUUUGGAGAGAGAGCAAGAUUCCUGUCCUUGAGAAGUUGAAGCCCUCUCGUGCAGAAGGAAUGAGCUUCCUUUGUGCUGCAGAGCUGGCAGCAAUGGGUGAAAGUUGCAGAAAGCUAAUUUUUAGUUUUGUAUAAGGCAAGAGUAAGUUGGAGCAAAUCAAAUGCUCACUAGGGUCAGGGUGGUGGAGACAGUGGCAAACUGGAGAUCAGGAGACCCAGCUAAAGGGCUAAACUGCUGCUGGGCUCUGGCCUGUUGCUGCUCUGCAGGUCCAGGGUUGUCAGAUCUGAUUUUUUAAAGAAGCCAAACAUCUAGAUUUUUGUGUGCAAGCUCUCAAGUGUUGGCAACUAAUUUCAAGUGUUUUAGAACAUUAUGCAGACUGAACACAUCUGUGAGCCAUUAAUGACCUUAGCUUUGCCCAUUUAUAAUCUCUGGACUGGAUGAUCUCAGUUCCCUUUCAGCUUCAAUAUUCUGUGAGUUUCAGUGUGAGCUACUGUGUACCAUUCUCAAGUGGUUCUUAGUGAAACGGAAGUAGACAGACUGUUUUUGCUUUUUAAAAAGUCCUGGACCCUGGGGCUUAGGCUGUGGUUAGAAGUGGUUCCCAACUUCUCUCACAUUAGAAUCUUUAAAAAUCCUAAAGCCCAAGCCUCACACAAGACCAGUUCAUUCACAACCUUUGGAAGCAGUAGUAGGCGCAUUGUCUAAGUUCCACAGGUGAUUCCAAUGUGCAGACAAGAUUGGGAACCACUGGCCUAGGCCCUAAUAGCCUAGUUAUCGUAGAAAAUUUUGACCAGCUGAUUCCCAUUCCCUCUGAAUUUCCAACCCACCCUAUCUCAUUAAUCUGCUGUGUUGAUGCUGUUAGUAUGGUAAUUGGAUAUGACCUCUUCUAGAUAGAAUUAUUGCAAGAAAGGGAACUGCAGUCACUGAGGCAGGUCCUUGUAUCAUCGUCUCCUGAUCCCCAGACUGAGGUUGUCCUUGAUCACUGAGUCAGCAGAGGGCAGUCCAAUUCAACCAAAGAACUAUACGCUGUUUCUACACUUCUCUCCAAGUAGCAACAAAUGAACAAAAUAAGUUCAAGUUUCAGAUAUUUUACUUCAUUUUUCUUUUUUUAAAGAUAUUAAGUUUGGAAAAACAUCUGGUUACAUUUAGCUAUUUAACUGUAUUAUGCCUAUCUAUGAGCUGAGGUGAAUGGAGCUUAUCUGAAUUAUUUUUAUGUUUGCAUUAUUCUCAGCACCAGACACAUUCCAAAUAUUGCAUGAAUUAAUGGAAAAUGGAUGAUUACAGACUGAUGUCCCAGACACCUCUUUCAAAAUAAGUCAUCAAUACCUAAAAGAUUAAAUGAAUUUCCCUUAAUAUUUUCAAAGGUCUCUCAACAAUUCUGUCAGUUGAAAACAUCAAAGGAAAUAAAACACCUGGCUUUCUUAA